ACAUGAAAUAAGGAAGAUUAUCUUUGCAACCAAUCUUUUUUUUUGUCAAAUCGAUAACGGGCAUUAGUGUAUUUAAGUGCAAGGAAUUGUAGAACAAUUAUUAUAAUAACAGGCAUUAAUAACGCAUUUAAACGCAAGGAAUAGAAUACUUCUUAUAUAAUACUUAUAGAAUAUUUGAUAGGAUAAUGUCUUUGUGUAGUAAGUGCAAUAUUGUUUAAGUGAAUUUUUAGGAUUAAGGCCCAAUUCCAUAAAUUCGAGUUUAAACCGAGUUUAACUGACCGGCUUUAAAUUUAAGGCUAAUCACACUUGUCUCGCGAUCUACAACUUCUGUUUUAAUUGUUACAUUACGUAAACUUACAGUCUACUGUACGAAAAAAAUCUAAAAAAUGUUUUCUUCUUUUGAAACAUAGAUUGUCUACAUGUGAUUUGCACGUUUUCGCGCUUACAAGCGUUGCUUGUGUCCUUCUGGUUGUAUGAGCUUCCGCUCACGGAAGCCAAGUAUGAUGUCAUUAAUACUACUACUUUGAAACGCAUAUUUUGUCGAGAUAGUGUGGCAAAAGCGUGAGUUCUUUUACGAAAAAAAGAAAAUAAAUAAAAAAAAUCAAUUUCCUCAAAAAAGCACUGAAUUAAUUUGCAUGCCUAAUAAUCAGAUGUAAAAUGUUUCGAUAUUUUCCACUUUUACGCGCUUACAAUGCCUGCAAUAUUCAUUCGAAUGAUGACGCUAUUACAUGAACGUAUGGCAAUCAAAGCUAUAAAUAGUGGGAAUGUGUAUGCUUUGACAGCGCGGAUGAGUCUUCGAAUGCAGCUCAUGCUUGUAUUAAUCAGCAUUAAACUGCUAGGAGAUGCGGCGUUAGCGUGCAAGCGUUAACGAGAUAAAGAAAAAAAUAUUGGUAGUGACCUCUGUCAUUCUACGAAAUAAGCUAUUGCAAAUACGUGCGGUUUUUUCUUAUCACGUUUGAGUCAGUUUUUCUGGACAACACAUUCUAUAUAAGCAUCGCCUUGAAUGAAGUCAUCCAUUCGUGUAGUGCAUAGUAGUGCAGAUCGGACGGAAUGGCAAUGGAAGCUCAAGCGAAUCAACAGCCGUACUCAGACGAGUACGAGCACGUGAUGCUGCUAAAAAACACGUUUGAUCAGAAUUUAUUUCCUAGUGAAUUUGACAAGUGGACAGUGAAUGAGCAGUGCGACUGGGUGAACGAAAAUCUUCGUAAAUUCUAUCCAAAUGUACCGGAGUCGCUAUUGGAACUUAUUCCAGCUUCGUUUCACCAAGGGAACUAUGACCGAUCAGGGACGAGUGUGCCUGAAUGGUUCGACAUUGACAAGUACCGCAAGGGACAAAAAUUUGUAAAAGAUAAUUACAUCGCAGUUGUGAGCUGCAUGCUAUUAGCGGUGUUACAUAUGUAUUCUUUCGAGGAUAUUGUAAGGGGAUUUAUCAUGGGUGGCAACGUUCAUAUUCCGUAUCCAGCAUUUCAUAGAUACCUCUCAACAAUCUGGCGAAUAACGAAUUGGUUCAAUGGAGAACCUUGGGUAGAAGGAACAACUGCCUUCAAGGAUAUGCGAGCCACGCGUAGAUUACACUUGCUUGUGAGAAGGAAAAUAUGUCGGCUUGAUAACGAUAAAAUUGAUGCUGCGUGCACAUUCGCAAAUCCAUGGUGUCCGUCUCGCGACAUAAUACUAAAGGACUUCAGCGUGAUGUGCCUAUCUGAGAAAGACGGACAACGUCCUUAUAAACUGUUUGCCGAAUCACCGUACAGACCAAAGUCCUUGAGCACCGCGCAUUUAGCUGCGACUCAAUGCUGUUUCAUGGGUUUGGUCCUACUUUAUCCACAACAGUUUGGAGCGCACAAUGUGACUGACGAUGAGCUAGAGGCCUUCUGUCAUAUUUGGAGAUGCUACGGAUAUUUUCUCGGAAUAGAAGACGAAUACAACUUUUGCCGCGGUAGUUUUGAGCAAGUUAAACAGCGUACGCGAGAUUUUUAUCAAUAUUGGCUGAUGCCUAAUUUCAAAGAUAUAUCGCCCGAAUGGGAGCACAUGACGAGAUGUAUCGUGGAACCAUUCAACUAUCUUCCCCUGACGUAUAUACCUUACAAAACUGCGGUAUUAUUCAGUACAGAAGUAUUUGACAUAAAGAUGCCCAAUUUACGUGCCUCUCUUAAUUACUCGGAGCGGAUUGCUUACAAAAUGUGGAGGUUUGUGUUUCGUCAUGCAUGUAAGUCAUCAAGCUUAAAAUCAUUUUUUAAUAGAACGAUGUAUUGGAUAUUAAAUAGAGCAAUACACUACAGCCCACAGAAACUAGCGCAACUUAGUGAAAAAUCGAAACAGAAAGUAAAAGAUUUUCAAAUCACUUCCGAAUAAUAGAAUAACAUUCUUUAAUCUGUGGUUUACGAUUUUUAUGAUUUAUAUGUUAUAUGUAUAUAUGAUUUUUAUGAUUUAUAUAUUACAUAUGUAUAUAAAUUUGU